AUGAUAGGGAAGCUCUUCACUAGCUUGGGCACCGCGAGUGCUACAAGUGCUUCUGCCUCAUCGCAAUCCAAUAGCAAUAACAACAAUAACACCUACAAUGAGGCUCCGCAGUCUCUCGAAUCUAGACAGGAGGAUAUUCAUACGCGGAACCUCUUGUUCCCCGACACCGAGGCUUUGUACCAGCAUCGAAACGAGCAAGUCUUUCCACUGUCCAUGACCUCCGGUCUCCCUCUGGCAUCCAUCGCAGGUGCCUUUGACUAUGAUGGAGAUGUUGAACUCGACACCCGCCAUGUUCGCAUGCUCAUCAUGCAAGACGCUGUCGCCUCCUUUCCAGCUCAGCUACUGUUCGAUAGCCACCCAGGGCCUCCAAAGCCGCCUUCCAUGACCCCAGGAGAUCGCCCGGCAACUGGUAUGGGGACUGUGCAGGACUCGUACAGAGGCCCAACUUCGCCGCGAAAGAGUAGUCUGAACCAGUCAUCGCGACCUCUAGUGAUUCAGCCGGACAGCCCCCAACCGCGCCAAGGCGCGUUCGAUCGCAGGGUCUCGAUGCAAGGCCGAACUCAAUCUCAAGCUGAGACGGACCUCCAGCGCUCACGAAGAGAGUACAAUGACGAGAUCCAUGCCUUUGCAGGCUCCGUGUUUGGAAAUUCGGAAUUAAUGGCCUACAAGGGCACUUCAACAAAGGUCCAUAUCGUCCCUACCGAAAGCCGCCCCGAAUAUGGCGGCUCCUACCUUGGUGACGGCCGUGGCUCCAUCGGUCGGUCGAGUAUACGAUCCAGCAGACUGGCGCAAUCCUAUACAUCGGACAAUGUUUCGCAUCUGCAACCGCACCAGUCGUUCACGUCGUCUGCACCGAAUGCCCGGAGUCUCCCCGAGAGGAGGAAGAUUCUCAUCACAAGGUUAUUUCCCGUGUUACUACCUAGUGAUGACGAGGCACAGAGCGACACUCCUUUGAGUCGAUUCUCGGAUCACAACACCGGCUUUCCCUUUCCGCAGUCUGCUGAAGACGCAAACGCCCCCAAGAAGAAGAAGUUGCAACCCAAACAGAAGCGUACACCAAUGUACGCGGUUGUCUUGGUGGUUCAACUUCCACCCAGUUCUGCGCAGAUGGUACCUCCCUCCACCAUCAGGUCAACUUACCGCGGCUCUAGCUCCUACACAGAGCAAGACUCCUUUCCAUCUUCCAUGAGCUCGGCCCGCCGUUCAGGCUGGACCAUGUCUGGAUCCGGCUUCCCCAUCGACUCCUUGGAUUCUAGCUGCUCCACCGAUGUCGACGACAGGAUGGACACUGUUACUCAACACUGGGAUAUCAUCAUGCGAACCUUGACCCACCUCCAGGGCGUAGUUGCCACCACGCUUGGUGUGCUGCUUAAACAGGCCGACAUAUCUUCGCCAGACCCAUACCCUCCUUCAGUGUCAUCCUAUGCCAGCAGAGCUCCAUCCAUGGGUGGUAGAAGAAGCGAUGAGCCUCACUUUGUCAAGCCUCCCAAGACCAACGCGAAAGUCAUAGCUCUACAGCCCCACUGCCUACAGAACGACGACAAAAUUGUCCAGGAGGCUGAUGCUGCCAGAAUUCGAGUUGUGACGGGGUUGAGUGCACAACGGGUCAUCACAGCGCAGGGGAGAUGGGGAAUUUGGCGAGACGAAGCGAGGUGGAUGGCAAGAAAGGCUGGCGAGAAAGAACAUGGCUUCUUUUUCUUCAACCUCUUGACCGGCUUUCUUGCUACCCACACCGAUUGGCUGAACGCAAUGAGUCCGGCAUGGUACCGCCGAAAGCACUAUCAACAACAAAAGGCCAAAGGCGAGGAUGACCUGUCGCUCCCAGCACGAACCAUCAUCAUCUCGUCAGACAAGAUGAUGGCACGACGGCUCAUAUUCCUUCUUUCUGCUUUCUUACCAUCUCACCAGCACCUUUCUUCAGCCAGAGCUCACCGGCCGAGUAAUUCGACCUCUUUUGGAGCUUUCUCCCAAUCGCCACCUUCAUUGAUCAUUCCAAUCCUUCGCGAAGAAUCACUGAGGCGAAAGAUUAAUCGACGAACUGGGCCGAGGCGAGUUUCACAUUCCCGUACUGUCAGCCAAAGCACACGCGCUUCCGGUGUUCCGCCUCAACUUGCGCACUUGAGCAUGGGGAGCCAUCAUGAAAGACGUGUUUCAGAUGCUACUUCGAUUCGAUCGAAUUUGCCCAUUCCUGGAAACGACCAGGUCAGCCGGAAGAGCAGUGCGGCAACAACGACCACGAUCACCCCAGAGACUACCAUUCCACACUUCGCAACCGCCCAAAGAUUUGAGAACCGACGAAGUCUCAGACCUGGCAGCAGUGGCAGCGUUGCUGCAGACGACCUCAAAAGGACACUAAAGCGCGGUGAAAGUUCGGGGCACGUCAGCUCCGCGAGUACAGACUCUCGCAUGUCAAGCUCGCGUUGGGGUAGUGUCAUCAGCACGCUGUGGAACGGGAAGAGGAGGGAUUCGACGGGCUUGACCACUCCUAGCCAACCCUACAGUAGCAACCCUACAUCUCCCACCAAAUCAGGCCCGGGAGGGCGUCGGGAUAGGUUGGCAGAAAUGGUUCGGGAAGUCGGGCCUGAAGGUUAUCGCCGAACAGACGAUCGCAGUCGAAAGACUGAGAGCAAUGGCAACGGUCCCACAACACCGCGAGGUUUCGAUGAUCCGGCCGGUGACGACGCUCCUGAGAGGGUCCCCUUCCCUGAGCGAGUCCCUGACCCCAGCGGUGACUUCCGUUCUCCAGUCAAAACAUCGAUUAAUGCCGAGGACGGGGUCAUAGACGUUGACAUACCCUUCCCUGACUACAUCACCUCUUUUGAAACUGCAGUCAGCUCACCGUCGAGCAGUGGGUAUCUGUCUACGCCAGGCAUUGGCAAUGGUUUGGAGGGCUUCGAGCAAUUUUCCCGCAUUACAAUCGAUGGCGAUUCUCCGAUGAAUGUUGCCGGUUUCCUCCAGCGGUACCAUCAAGAUUUCAUUCUUCAGGCGGUUCCUCCCCAAGAUAACCUUAUGGAAGACAUCAGAAAGUCUAUGCGAGCCGAGCCGACCCCGUUCAUCACGCAGCCCUUCUACUCUACGGAGCAGCCUGCCGAUCGGUGGGUCGACGUCAGCAGCGCUCUCAUAGCAGACACAACGACCCAUACGAUCAAGCGAGUCCGUUACCGCCGACUCAUCCGACCAAAGCCAUUCACAGACAGGUCAGCGCCUCUCGGGUCUGCGGGUUCAAGCGCCUACGGCACUGCUCCCAUGACGCCGUCUAUUCUCCCCUACGAGACGCAGCUGGAUGAUGAGCUCAUUGAAGAGCAAAUUGCCAGCCUCGAUGAGGUACUAAUUGAUGCUGUCGAGAGGGUUAUUGCACAGAGUAACGAAGUGAGCAAACAAAGCUCAUCGAAUUCGUCCCGAUCAACGAGCAAGCGGCGAGACCGCAGCAAUAGCGAAGCAUCGGUCUCUGUCGAUUCUCGUCACACCACCCGCAUCCCAGUCCCAUCUCAAGAGGUGCCCCGAGACCAAUGUAAGACGGUGGUCUUGUCGGCCCUCGAUGAAAUCAUCCGUGAUGUCAUCGAGGAACGAGACCAUGACACCCCUGAUGCUACAAUCCACGCGGUAGAUCGCGACCGCGAAAGCACUCUCAAAGAGGCUGUUCGAGUUUGGCUCGAGACUGUCGACCCUAGCGAGCAAGUCUGA